AAAUGAAUAAAUAGAAAAAACAAGGAAGCGAAAAAGAGAAGAAAACACAAAAUACACAAAACAAAUCCAAUUUUCUUUUAUCGAGGGCUGCAAAGUUUUUUGAUAUUUUUUCUUUAUCCGCACGAGAAAUAAACAAUAAAUUGCCUAGCCGCAGGACACAAUAAAAAAACCUCAAAAUUAAGCAAUACCGCAAUCCAGCACAAUCUAUUGACGAGGCCGACCACGGCAACGGCAUGGCUGACUCAGGUGUUGACACAAGUAAUGAUAGCAACGAUGGAGUUACAGCUAGUGCGAGUAUUAUGAUAACACCGCCACCGCCAAUAAUGCCGCCCACACCAACAUCGUCGCCAAAUACACAUGAGUGGCCCACAAUCAAUCCUAAUGCAUUCCAUCUAAAUUCGGAAGAGCAUUUUGCGUUUCCUACCUUGCCACCACUGCCGUUGAACUCAUCUUCAUCGCAGUCUUCGGACUUUAUGUCCAGCAUCAUCCAUCCCAGCACCCUGCCCUCCAGCAGUCACAAUUUCAAAAUGCGUCCCCGCACUUGUAUCAAGAGCAAAUUGCGAUUCAGUUAUAAUAAUAUCUUCGCUGAGUCCGCCGGACGGAAAUUACGUUACGCUGCCUGUACCAACAACAUAGAACUGCUGACAAAGGUCCUGGAGGCAGGCGCCCUGCCCAAUGCUGCGGACGAAUACAAACGUAGUCCGUUGCAUUUGGCCGCCUGCCGUGGUUACAUACAAAUAGUCCAACAAUUGUUGAAAUUUGGAGCAAAUCCCAAUGUGGUCGAUUCGCUGGGCAACACACCGCUCCAUUUGGCUGUAAUAUCUGCAAGUUCAAAUAACUUCAACGUAGUCGUACGUGUGCUACUGCAGGGUGGCGCCAGCGUGCAUAUGUACGACCGCAGUGGCAAGACUCCCUUAGAAUUGGCCGAGGCAAAACUACGAUUGCUGCGUACACGCUAUGAGAAUCCCACACCGGAAACCAGUAAAAUUCUCGAAGAUAUGUGUAUGUUGACGGCACUCAUCUUAAGAUAUAUGGCAAAGCAGCAACGUGAAUUAGAAGAUCUCUCAAAUCUGGAGAAACGUCUGCAAGAUCUGAGCACCCGCGACGAUCAGGAGCAGGUGGUUUCUCAGACGGCCGAUGAGCUGUUGGCCAGCAUUGAAAGUCUGUCAAUAAACAAAUAAAGAGUAAUUUGUUAAGAAAAGAAGGAUAUAUGAUUUGCGGGUAAAAAUUAGCUGGUUUGGAGUAGACAUUGGAGUAGAAUUAUACAGAAUGAAUGGAAUUAAAGAUGCCGAUAAAUUAUACUCGCAAAUUGUCGUAAUUAUUGUUUUUGUUUCCUAAUUUGGCUGCCGUAUAAUAUGUCGUCUGGAUGAAAAUAGUUAUAGCAACUACCACAAUUGGACAAAGAAAUCGGAGUUUUGUUUAAAGAAGAAAAGAAUACUUGACUACAUCUCUAUUCGUUCUUUUUCCUUUCAGACGAUGUAAUUUGAAUUCUUAAGAUUAUUUUAAUACAUAUAUAUAUAUA